UUUAAUGACAUUUUACAGUAUUUGUUUACUAGGGUGAAGAAAGAUAGUAUUAAAUUAUAUUUAUUUGUAAAUAUAAUUUGUAUAUUUUAUAUAAUUUAUAUAUUUGUGAAUAGUUAUAAACAGUCCGUUGCUUAAGAUGGAGAAAAAUAAUAAAGAAUUGUAUGAAGUUAAAUAUAUUUGUGAAGAACCGGAAACUACACCAGAGUUCAAUUCUAAUAAUCCCAAGAAGCCCGAAACUGCGUUUUUAUAUUUUACAAUUAUAACAGCAAUUUUAACAUGGAUUGCUGGAGGCAGUGCAAUUGCAUGGUCAUCAUCGGCCGUUUUAAAAUUAACUUCAAAUGACACCAGUAUAAAUCCGCUAGGAAGACCAAUAUCCACAGUCGAAAUAUCUACGUUACUGGCUAUCCCGGGAGUCAUGGGUAUUAUUGGUUCCCUAGUUUUUCCAAAGUUGGGCGACAUUAUAGGAAGAAAAAGAAGUUUAUAUCUUGCUGGAUGGUUGAUGAUUGUUAGUUUUGGUGGAGCUGCAUUUUCGACUCGUAUGGAUGUACUGGUUUGUUUCAUUACUUUAUUGAACUUCUUUUUUUCUGCUGUUCUUGGUAUAGUUCCUAUAUAUUUAACAGAAGUAUGCGAAAAUCAUAACAGAGCUAAAUUUGGUUGUUUUAUGAGCCUUUGCAUACCUCUUGGACAACUUUACUCCUAUUGCAUUGGACCUAUAUUUUCGUUUGCUCUAUUUACUUUCAUGUCGUCAGCUUCUUUAAUUCCCUUUUUACUAUGUUUUCCGUUUGUUCCAGAGAGUCCUGUUUACGUCUUGUCCAAAGAAAGAAAUGUGGAAUGUAUAAAUAUAAUAAAAAAAUUACGUAGUAAUAAAGAUUAUAUAGAAAUAGAAGCAGAUUUUAAAAUGAUAAGUGACGAUUUAUCAAUAGCAACAAGAUCAAAAGGAAUAAAUAUACUUAGUCUGUUUUACAGUAAGCAGGGUCGAAUUGGUACAAUGUUAGGAAUGUUACCAAUUAUGGUACAAUAUCUAUGUGGUGUGCCAGUUUUUAUGACCUUAAUGGCACCUAUUUUAAAUGAGUCUGGAUCGGAUUUUUCUGGAUAUACAUUAGCAAUUAUGGUUGGGUUUUUAAAACUAACCAUCUUUAGUUGUAGUUCAUUAAUAGUAGAAAGAGUAGGCAAAAAGCCACUAUUACUUAUAUCAUCUAUAGGAGCCUCAGUGUCAAUUUCAUUACUUGGUUUGUUUUUCUAUUUAAAAUACAUUGGUUCGGAUUUCGUACUUCAUUAUCGAUGGGUACCUCUUGCUUGUGUAAUGAUGUACUUUAUUUUUUAUUCCAUAGGCCUAGGUCCAAUUUCAAUGACUGUAUUUGGGGAACUAUUUCCUCUCGAGGCAAGAUCUGCGGCAUCAGCAUUUAUAUUAACUUUCACCAGUAUCAUACUAACUUGCUACCUUUCGGGCUAUCCACUAGCUGCUGAAGCUCUUGGUAUGCACUGGUGUAUGUGGAUUUUCGGAUAUUUUGCCUUAGUCGGUGCUUUUCUUAUUUACUUUUUCUUUCCAAAUACCACAGGAAAAAGUAUUGUUGAAAUUCAGGAGCUCCUAAAAAAUUAUUAAUUAACCAGUAUACUUUACAUAAUACACUUCUUGGUUGUAAAUUAUAAAUAUAUUAUGUACUGAGAAUAUUAUACAAAAAAUAAAUAGUUAUUUCAUUUGGAA